CAGACUGACUUGUUUACGAAACUUGCUCAGCGCGAUUCUGUUAGGGUCUUUUAAUGUCUCGCUCGCUGUUCACACCUCGUAGGGAACGGGAACACCAUCCCACCUUUCGGGUCGUCCCAGACCGAAUGGCAGCUCACCUCGACCACCCAUCACGAAACAGCCUUAUCUUGCGGCGAUCUGGCCAGCAGCGGUAACUUAUCUCGACCAAACACCGCAUGCUGCAGUCGGGUCUUGCUUUCUCAAUGUCCAGCAGCUAUGAUUCUCUCGGUCUUGAAUGAGGUCGACCAGCAGACGGUUGCCACCCAUGCCAAUAGACUGCGUUGGCCUAUCAGACAACCUCACUCGUUUAUUUCGUCGCGUGCGUCUUUGAUAUGCUCAUGCUUCCCUCAAUUCUCGCCAUUCCUUUCUGUCUCUGAAUUCCUCCACGUUUCCUGCCAUCAUUCAGGAAUCCCAAACAACGUUUUGCCGGUAGCCUUGCCGUCAACCAGUGUCAACGCUAGCUAUUGCCGCAUCCCACCCGUAGCCCAAGACGAGGCUUACACAACAACGGGCGUCUCCUGACCACCCACCACAUGACUGGCCGUGACUAACACCCUGCCGUUGCUGUUUUCCGGCUGUUCAAACUCAGAUAUUCCUCUCCUGACAUUACGACCCAGCGGGUGAGAGGUGAGCGUUGAAAAGCCGAAUCUUGAGCUGGAGCUUCAACCUCCAGAGUGGGCCGUGAAAAAAAAAGCUGGGUGACCCCCGCGUCUCUAGCUCGGAACGCCCCCCUACCUUUCCCCGCAGCGGCAGCGGGUGGCCUGGUGCUUUCAAAUCACUCGGCACUCACUCGCAGAAUCGUCGGGUUCAUCUCUGACACACCGCGCUCCGAUUUUCCCCACCGUCCCGGCCAUCGCGGGGCACCCGCAAGUCAAGCACCGCAAUCAUACAAGUGAUCGGGAUCCACCGCUUGUCCCGCCGCCGCCGCCGACCCGGAAGAUGGAGGGAACCGACGUCGCCGUCGCCGCCUCCUUUGAACACGGAGAUCUGGAUGCUUUUGCGGGAGGGAGCGCCGACCCGCCGCCACCGUCCAAGAAGAAAUCCAGGCGCGCCGCCGAUCCCGCCAACCAGAAACGAAGGUGUGUCAGCACUGCUUGUAUUGCCUGUCGCAAGAGGAAAUCAAAAUGCGAUGGUGCUCUACCGAGCUGCGCGGCAUGUGCCAGCGUCUACGGCACCGAAUGUGUCUAUGAUCCCAAUUCGGACCAUCGCCGCAAGGGCGUCUACCGUGAGAAGACGGACAGCAUGAAGGCCAGGAACUCGACUCUCCAGAUUUUGAUUGAGGCCAUCCUCAACGCCGCCGAAGAGGACGUACCGGCUAUUGUGAAAAAGAUUCGUACUUGUGACAGCCUGGAUAACGUCGCCGAGUCCAUUCUCAAAAAUGACAUCUCUAAUGAAGCAGAUGAGGAGGAGGACUUUGGCCGAUUGGACGACGACUAUUCGGCAAACCUACCCAUCGAAGGCGAGAGGGAAUUGGCGCGCAAGAUGGGAGAGUUGAGGCUGGAGAAUGGUUCGGUUCGAUUCAUCGGCGGGACAUCUCAUCUGAUCUAUCUCGGCGAAACCGCCAACAUACCUGACGAACCAGAAUCCGAGAGCUACCUGUCGGGCGAAGAUCCAGUGACUAGCUGGACCGAAGUGACCAAGGACACACAACUGAUCGUUCACCUCAUCAACAUGUACUUCAACUGGCACUACCCCUAUUUCACGACGCUGUCGAAGGACCUCUUUUACCGAGACUUCUUCAAGGGGAAACCACGAGGCCAGCCACGAACCACGGUGUAUUGUUCUUCACUGCUGGUCAAUGCGAUGUUAUCUCUUGGAUGCCACUUCACAAGUGUACCGGGCGCUUUUGCGUUAUCCGGCGACAGUAGAACGAAGGGGGACCAUUUUUUCGCCGAGGCAAAGAGGCUUAUCGUGGAGAAUGACGAGUACGAAAAGCCAAAACUCACCACUGUGCAGGCAUUGGCGCUCAUGUCUGUUCGAGAAGCGGGAUGUGGUCGGGAGGCUAAGGGCUGGGUAUACAGCGGUAUGAGUUUCCGGAUGGCUCAGGACAUUGGUCUCAACCUAGACAUUGGCGGUAUCUCCAAGGACAAGGACUCGUUGGAUGAAAAGGAGGUGGAUGCCCGAAGGAUCACAUUUUGGGGGUGUUUCCUAUUCGACAAGUGCUGGUCAAACUACCUCGGCCGGCUACCUCAACUUCCGAAGAACUCGUACAAUGUACCAAAGUACGAUGUAUUUCCAGACGAAGACGCCAUGAUGUGGUCGCCAUACACAGAUGCCGGCUUUGACCAGUCUUCAAAACAACCUGCCCGAACAAGGGCCACUGGUUUACAGCUGUCGAAGCUUUGCGAGAUUAGCAGCGAUCUGCUGCUCUUCUUUUACCACCCUAACCAUAUAGGACGCUCUAGUGGGAAAUACGUUGAGCUUAAGAAGCUCAGCGAGCUGCACCGGCGACUAGAGGAUUGGAAAGCAGAGUUGCCAAAGGAGUUUGAGCCUAAGGAAGGGCAAUUGCCGAACGUCAUCUUGAUGCACAUGUUCUAUCACCUGCAGUACAUCCACCUGUUCCGGCCAUUCCUCAAAUAUACCCCGUCGUCAUCACCAUUACCAUCACAUGUCUCGCCCAGGAGGAUAUGUACUUCCAACGCUGGCGCCAUCUCCAAACUGAUGCGCCUCUACAAAAAGAUGUAUAACCUACGACAGAUCUGUAAUAUCGCCGUAUAUAUGGUGCACUCAGCCUGCACAAUUCACAUGCUCAACCUACCUGAAAAGACAGCCAAGAGAGACAUUAUCCACGGCAUCAAACACCUGGAAGAAAUUGCUGAGGAUUGGCUGUGCGCUCGCAGAACACUGUCUAUUCUCAGCGUUCUUGCACGGAAAUGGAAUGUCGAGCUCCCCGAAGAAGCCUCUUUGGUGCUCAACCGCACCGACGAGAAGUAUGGCACGUUUAGCACUUCGGACGUCCCGUCACCAAACAAAUCAUCACACUACUCGGCGCAGUCACCACAAUCCCUGCCUGCUUCACCAAACAGCAAAGCCGAACACAGUCCACCAAACCCAUAUAUGUACCCAUCGAGUCAUCAACACCAACAAAUGACCUUUGACAGCCGCCUCCCAGCAGCCAGCAUGUCCCCGGAUAUCCUCGCCAACUUCAGCGUGGCUGGGCUCCAACUUCCACAAUCACAAUCGCAUACAGCUAGCACCACGGCCGCCACUUCCCCGAUGGCCAUGUCGGUAGCUGAUCCCCUAUCGGCAAUGAACGCCUGGUCGACCGUGUCGCAACCACCACAACCGCCGAUGCCUUCGUACAACCCCUCGCCGUUCAACCCUAACCCAAGGAGACAUGUCAGCUCGAAUUCGGGGUAUGUGAUUGACGGACAGGAUUGGUACAUCAAGGAUGGCGUGAACUGGCAGCAGAAUUUUGAGACAUGGGGCAUGUCGCCGAACGGUGGCGGACCGCAACAAACGAACCAAGGGCCGAGCAAUGGUGAUCCAUCAUCGCUUUUUAUGUUUAGGGGGUUGAAUGGUGGCGGCAGGGGAGGUAAUGAGAUGGAUACCGGUGGUUUUGAUAAUUUGGGGUCGAUGGGGACGUUGGAUCAUCUUCCUGGGUUGGAUUAGAUCUGUUGCAAUGGGUUAUCAUUGGGAUGGGAGCAUUGCUGACUUAUUUCGGAUACUCUUUUGGGAUAUAUUGGCGGGCAGUGUACAAAUGGGCUUCUGGUUGGUUACCUAGGUAGUUCAUAUACGUUUUCCCUUGUUGCGAAUCGGAUUGAUUUGUUGCUUGGAAGAGUUAGGCAUGGCAUUUAUUGCGUGAUAUUUUCUUUGGUUAAAGCGAUUGAAUAAGCGUGUGAACAUCUCUAGCCUUUUUGAUUCAGUUGACAUCUAUCAAACAAUUAUUUCGCCU